CCGCACCUUCGAGGAUGGAAGAAGAUGUUUCUCACAGCCAGACUGGACCGAGCUCUUCACAUCGACCUCCCGAGUACCAGGUCGGUCAGUUUCAACUGCAACUUCCAAAUAUAAAUGGCCCCAGCCCGUCCUCCAGUGUACCGGCCGAACGCAACUCAUAUGGCUUUUCCAGAAUACAGCAAAACGACAUCCAAAAUACCCGGAGACCUUCUCAUGCCGAAAGCCUGAGCCUGGCGAGUGAAUCAGCAGACGGCCGCCGCUUUUCCUUACAGUCGUACCCCGCGCUCGAGGUCCAGCGCGCAUACCCACAGUUACCCAUAUCAGAAGAUCGAAGUACACUUUCGGAUGGUCAUAGGCUACCACCCAGCUCUCACAUGGGCAGUUUUCCGUCGGGAGUGACAAGCUCCACGCCCCAUGUGGAUAUCACGGCAGCAGGUACCAGUUCGCAGGUACCGCUGGGCUUCGCGCCCUCUUUCCUGGACCAGUCAAUGUUUUCUACAAUUAAUUGGCUACCAAGUGAUUUGCUGCAAGAUACUCCCAAUGAAAGGCCCGCUGCGUCAUCGCAUUCGUUGCAAUCGGCGGGCCUCGAUAACCCUUGGGGUCGAACGCCAUGGCCACCUCCCGGCAUCAACCUGAAUAACAGCUCAGCCCUACCUGAGAAUGUCACCCAAUCACCGAUGAGAAAUGUACCCCUAAGACCAGUCAUGGCAAACAGUGAAAACUUUAGACAGGAUACCGGUCAUUCGUCUUCACUAUCAACAUCUAUAUCAUCAACACCAUCAAACUUGGAGUCCAGUGCCACCAAGCGCUUGGCAGAUCGCCACAUAGAUGAUGAUGGCGCUAGGCUGUCAAAGUACAGGCGGAGACAGGAUUCCUGGGAUGUACAUGAUGCGGAGCUUGCCGACAUCAUAACUCGAUCACAGCAGACUGGAGAUGCACUGGGGUUUUCUUUCCCUGUGCUCGAAGAAACGGAUAUCUUCUCUGCCGUCGAACCUGCUGUUUCUGAUUAUCUGAUCGAACCCUCCACAUACGAUAACAUUCGUGGGUGUUUCACAGAACUGUGUUGCUCAAAGAAUAUUCUGUACCAAAAAUUCGAGUCUGAGCGAUUUCCUGCCUCGAAUGAGCUCUCCAUCUUCAUUCAACAAUACUUUGAUUCUUUCCAUCCAGUGUAUCCUAUUCUUCACGCCCCUACUUUCGAUCCGAACAAAUGCCAUUGGCUACUGACCCUAGCAGUGUCGGCAAUAGGAUGCCAUCUUGCGGACUCGGCUGUACAAGAGGCGUCUAGUGCAGCAUUUCAUGAAUUUCUCCGGCGAGCAAUCACCGUGGAGAAGGAGAAAAGCUGCGCCAACCAGACUCCUUUUUGGCUUAUUCAAGCAUCAACACUCAACCAUAUUGGAUUGCUUCACGGCAGUAAUGAACGUGCCAGACGAACCGCACUUAGUAACUUCGGGAGUUUAGUUGAUCUCGCAACUAAGGAGGAGUUAUUGAGUUCCUCGACCCAGUCGGGACUCUUCUCAAUGGGGGACCCCGUGGAGCAGCAAUGGGCUAUUUGGAUUGAGGAUGAGUUGAAAAGACGGACAGGCUACUCUAUCUGGCUUUUGGACUGUACACUCACGUACCAUUUUGACGCCCGUCCAUCACUUUCUUUGGACGAUGGCCUAGCUCCCCUUCCCUCGCAUGAAAGCCUUUGGCAAGCGAAAUCGGCCGGAAUCUGGAAACAGAUGUAUGAUAAGGCUUUGGGUCGAGGAAGCUUUUCCCUCUACGAUGCCGUCCUAAUAAUGUACAUUGAAAAGAGACUGGUCCCUAGUAUGGGAGAGUUCAGUCACAUUCUCCUGAUCCACGCACUCUAUCAUCGAAUGUGGGAGGUUGGUGACUACUUCCGUCGCCCCUUGUCAUUCUGGAACCCGACCGCAAAGAAACAAUCGCGAGAAGCGGCAAUUCCAACGGGAUCUGUGUGGCUCCCGGGCAUCCCUUCGUAUUCAAAGUGGCGGAAUAGUGCCUGCGACUGCCUAGACAUCCUUCAUUGGACGGCAAACAGUAUUACCGCCAAGGCAGGAGGAUUUGAGCAUCCGACCGUUCUGCACCUUCAUGAAGCCCGGAUUGUGCUCCUCGCUCCCUUUCAUGAAAUACGAUCCUUGGCCACCUCCCUAGCGACGGGAAAGGUUCACUGGAAUGAGAGGCAACAAGCAAUUGAGUGGCAUUACAUACAGCGGUGGAUCAAGCACGACCAAUACAAAGCGCGCCUUGCGGUUAUCCAUGCGGGUACAUCUCUGUGGCAUAUCCAAAGAUAUUCGACUAAUGCGUUCCACGAGCCUGUGGCCGCCUUCCUUGCGAUCCUCACUCUCUGGGCCUACGGACUCUGUCAUCCCCAGGUGUGGCCUGAAGCAGGUGGCUCUUAUGCCGGAUCGAUGCGCAGACCGUCUAACGAGCCGAAUUCCGUUCAGCUGGAUCGCCCUUGCGACGACGAAUUGGUUCAAAUGUUCGUUCGUGAGGGCCAGGUCAUGAGAGGAAACAUUACUGGCGUGGGGGAUAUUUGCGGUCCUGAUGGACCGAAGAGGAUCUUGCGGGCCGGGUGCGCGAUUCUUGCGGGCAUCAAUUCGUGGGGGAUAUCAAAGCAAUUCAUGGUGACAUUGGCCAAACUCGCCGAGGCGAUGUCACAGCAGGCCAGCGUGGUAAAUUAGUGAAUAGACCUAAUGUUUAUUACUGA